AUGUAUACUAUUACUUAUUUUCUAUUGAUAACUAUUCUUAAGAUUAUUCUUAUUGAAUCAAUCGAUAAUACGACAACUAAAGGUAUUCAUAUUCAAAUAUUUGAUAAUAUAGCUGAAAUUACUCAGCCAAUAUCACCAUUUGAUUUACCAAUAACAUAUUCGCAACAAGAAUGGAAUGAUAUACGAUCAGAUUCAUUUCGACUUAUUGGUAAUUAUGUUAAUAUUCAAGCACAAAUGAUUUCAUUUAAUCGUACAUCAUUAAAUGGACAAAAAAUACUUAUUCAACGUAAUUUACACAAUGAUACUUAUACACCAGCAAUACUAAUUGAUGAAACACAAAAUUUAAUACAUGAUUUAAUUGAUAAUACAUAUUAUACAAUAACACCCGAUCGUAUAAGAUAUUUAUCAAUUCCAUUUAUACGAAAAUAUGUCGUUGAUUUUAUAUUUGAUACGAAUCAUGAUGAACAACUUUAUUUACGUUAUUUACAAAAUAAUAUUAAAUGGAAAGUACGUUAUGAUCUUCUAUUAGAAAUAAAUGAUACUGAUUCAAUUUUACAAGCUUAUGCUGAUAUACGAAAUGAUGGAAAUUCUUUAUUUAUGAUUGAUUCAGCUGAAUUAAUUAGUGGUGAUAUUACUAUUCAAUCGUCAUCAUUUGGUUAUAGUACAUAUGCUAGUUUUAAUGGUGCCGGAGGUGUGGCCAAUGACCAACAAGCUUUUGCUGUUACAAGUCCUGCUCCAAUGAUUGCUCCAAUGAUUGCUCCAAGUAAAGAAUUAGCUGGUAUUUAUAUAUUUUCAAUAAAUGAAACAUUUAUUCUUGAUCCUCAAUCAAAUUAUAUUCUUCCAAUGUUUCGCCCAACUAUUGAAAUUGAACGUUAUGGUUUAAUAGACAAAUAUUUUCAACGUAUCGAUAAUCGUGGUAAUGCAAAACGUGCAUAUCGUCUUCGUGUACCCGAUCGAUAUUUACCUAAAGGACAAGUUUUUGUACGUGAAUCCGAUCGUUUAGUUGGUGAAUUAUCAUGGUCGGAUUAUUCAUCAAAUCAAACAAAUGAAUUUAAUUUAGGUGAAGAUCCUGAUAUACAAUAUUUUGAAACUAUACAAUUAAAUUCACGUCGACAAGCAUAUGAAGCUAAUGGUUAUCGUUUUAUAUUAUCAACAUAUACAAUUAAUUUAUAUUUAAUUAAUAAUAAAAAACGUUCAAUGAAUAUUGAAUAUCGUUUAAAAUUUUCAUCACAAGAUAAUUUAACAUUGAAAGAAAAUACAAAUGAUAGUUUAUUACAAAUUGAUGGUUCAAUUCUUAAUGGAAUAUUUCAAUUAAAUGCAAAUGAUGAACAAGAAUUUAAAUUUACAUUUGAAACACAAUAA